GGUCAGGAGGACUACGUGAGAGGGGGGUGAGUUCUUGUCAUCUCAAGAGCCCGGCCACUCAGUCCAAAUGAAUUGCCGCUCCGGCUAGGAGUUCUACCUUCUCUUCUGAAUGAUUUCAAGCUGUUUCUUUCAUUGGGUUCAUUAAUGCUUGCGUCUACACGGUCGCAAACGAGAGAGAGAGAGAGAAGAGAGAAGUUACCGGGUGUUGCUCUUGAGGGAGUGAGGAGAGGGAAGAGGAGUGUUCGUCGUAAAGCUGAGAGGAAGUACGGACCCCUCUUGAGAGUCUUACUGACACCCUCAUCCUCCAUCAUGGCAUCUGCAGCAGAUUGGAAACUGCAGAUGGACGCUGCCCCUGAGGCAGAAAAACCGCAUGAUCAGUUCUUCUACGAGAAAGCCUUGAAGAGGGAGGAGGAAGAGAAAGAGAGAGAGAGAAGGGAUAAGGUGCAGGCUCACGAGGCCGUCCUUAGCACCGUGUCUGCUCUGACUGAUGAGGGGGUAGAAGAGAAAACGGUUCCCCUCCUCAGAGCCUUAGCAGGGGUCCGGGUUGCCGAAGACCAUACUGGCCAACUCGCACAGGUGUUUAAGCAGCUCAAGGAGAUGGUGCAGCAGCACCGCGAUCAGCUGCAACAGUUUGCUACUUCGCAGCAGGCUCAAAUCGUCUCUUCACUCACCUACCCUGCCUCCAAUGCUGCGUGUCAGUCCAGUUUUGCCCCUCUGACUACGUCUACUUCUUCUCCUUCUACUUCUUCUUCUUCUUUGAGUGUGGUUAACAGCCAAAGCGGAUCUGCAGCAAGUCUAGACCCCGCUGCUGCUGCUGCUGCUGCUGCGGCAAGUGGUGGUGCAAGGACUUCUGGAACUGUUGCAGCCCCGGGUCCGGACCCAGCAAUGGUUGGGCCGGGCAGCAGCUUUGCUUACCUCGACAGGAAAGCGGCACAGAUUCCGUCCAAGUAUGACGGAAAAGACGAUGUUGAGUCAUGGAUCAGCACCAUGCGGUCCUACUUUGAUGUGUUGGGGACACCCCCAGUCACUCAGUCGUCGGUCCUUGGGACCAAUGUGGAACCCGCCGUGAGAGGAUUCCUAGAAAUCCAAGCUAUACAAGCAGGCUAUAAACGUAUAGACCUGAACAAAUGGGUGAAGGCUACGCCUGUAGCCACACUUGAGGAUCUCUUGAUUCAACAGUAUGCCAAUCCACAUGCUGCUGCAAAAGCAAGACUUAAGCUUGAUAAACUCAAGCACAACAAGUGGACUGGCACCAUGCAAAGUCUGCAGCAGUAUGUUAGUAAGCUCUUUGCUACUCCCAAUUUGGAAAUGACUGCACAGUCUUGCUUAGAUAUGAUAGAAGCAACAGUCCCCUCUGCUGAAAUUCGUCGCCUGGGCCUCAAACUCGCGGAAUAUACAGAUUGGCUUUCCCUCAUGCGGGAUCUAGUCAAGCUGGAGGCACAAGACCUCCCGGGUGGAUCGAGUGGCAAAAGAGCCCUUGGCCGCAAACGGUUUUCUGGCAGCAACCGUUUGGCAGCACACGAUCUGCUAGAGGAUGACGAGGAGAUCCUCGCAGACAACCCUUCUCUUGAUGACGAUCAAGAGCAAGGCUGUGAGGCAUCAUGCUCUGCGUCAGCCCACGAGUCUGAGUUGGUGAAUGAUGAGGAAUCCAUGAAUGCCUUUAAGAAGACUGCCUUUAAAAGCAAGGGACCGAGGACCACAAUAAAGAACAACACUAACACUAUCCUUCUUCCCAAGGGAGCAAAGAUUCCACCAAAACCGGAAGAUCCUGCCACAAAACCAUGGGUAGAUCUCCGGAUUAGUGAAAUCUUCAGCAAGAUCGAUCUCAAGUCUGGCUACCACCAGAUUGAGGUCGAACCUGCAGACCAGCACAAAACUUCAUUCAGGACUCGCGAUGGGUUGUACGAGUUUACAGUUAUGCCCUUCGGUCUUACGAAUGCACCAGCCACCUUCCAAAGUCUCAUGGACAAAGUGUUUUGCAAUCAGAUCAACCGAUUUGUUGUUGUAUAUCUUGAUGACAUUCUUAUCUUCAGCAAAUCAAUGGAGGAGCACAUGAGACACCUUGAGGAAGUGAUGCAGAUCCUCAAGGACGCGCAGCUCCAUCUCAACUUGGAGAAAUCUGAGUUUGGAAGGGACAGCGUCAUCUACCUUGGACAUCGGUUGUCUGCUGCAGGCCUAGAGCCCGAGGCAACCAAGGUUGAGGUCAUCCAAAAGUGGCCCCAACCUGCAAAUGUCCGCGAGUUGCGUUCUUUUCUUGGUCUUGCGUCGUACUACCGUAAGUUUGUGCCUAAAUUUUCUAUCAUUGCCCGUCCAUUGUCUAGACUAACCAGCAAGAAUGUGUCCUACACAUGGGAUGAGGAGUGCACGACAGCCUUUGAAGCACUAAAGGAGGCUUUGGUGAGUCAUCCAGUGCUCCGCAUUGCAGAUCCCAAGCUUACAUUCGUAGUAACUACGGAUGCAAGUUUGUAUGGGAUUGGUGCAGUGCUGCAGCAAGAUGAUGGUGAUGGUUUACGUCCGUUGGAAUACUACAGCAAACGCAUGCCCAACCACAAGGUAGCUGCCUCCACUUACAUGAGAGAGCUCUAUGCCUUGAGCGAGGCACUGGACCAUUGGAAACACUACCUCUUGGGUCGCCAUUUCAAAGUGUUCUCGGAUCAUGAGACUUUGAAGUGGAUUCAAACACAGGAGCCCUUUGGAUUGCCCAACCGGCCAACCAAGCAUCACAUCGAGUUGCUACCUGGAGCGGUCCCUCCCAAGGGCCGCAUCUACAAGAUGUCCCAUGUCGAGCUUGAGGAGCUCAGAAAGCAGUUAGAGACCCUGACCAGCAAAGGCUGGAUACGGCCGAGCACAUCUGAAUUUGGCGAACCAGUGCUCUUCGUCCCGAAAGGGAAUGGAGAGUUCAAAAUGUGCAUCGACUACAGGGGCCUCAACAAGAUCACUAGGAAACGUACAAAACCUAUUCCUAGGAUCGAUGACCUGCUGGAAAUGGUACAGGGCUGCACAGGGUUCAACAAAAUUGACCUCAAAUCUGGUUAUCACCAUAUUGAGAUGGCAGAGGAGGAUGUCCACAAGACCGCCUUCAAACCCAGAUAUGGUACUUACGAAUAUCUGGUUAUGCCAUUUGGACUUUGCAAUGCCCCAGGUACCUUUUAGACUUUCAAGCCUUACCUGCACAAGUUCAUGGUUGUCUACCUAGAUGAUAUUCUGGUAUUCAGUCGAACUGCCAGGGAGCAUGCGGAGCAUC